AUGGCUCACAUCCUGGACGUUGUUCAGAAUUUAGCUGCAGCCGAUGGAGGUGGUGAUAUUAGCUGGUUCCCUCUUGCUGGCCUGAUCUGGCAUCCACCUCCUCCCAGACUCACGUGGAAGGAGGUGGAUAGUUAUGCCCACCUUUAUACAGCCCUUAAUGAUUCUCAGCUGAAAGCUGUUCAACACCAUCCUCAGAGCUGGAAUUCAAAAACUGCCCUUGGAGCUCUUAAUUUGUGUCCUGAACAGGAGAGAUCCCCAGUCACGCUAAACUUGGAUAAAGUGAAGAGGGGUUUCUUCAGGCCCCAGCAUGUCUUCUGCCAGGUCUGUGAAACAAGAUUAAAAUGUGGAGUUCGUCCCGUUGACUUGGAGAACCAGAAAAGUUUCCUGCUGUCUGGAUUCUUUUCUAGAAUUGUUGGAGGCAGAAAUUCAGUGGCUGGGGGGCAACCCUGGCAGGUAUCUCUCAAGUUGGGUCGUUUCCACUUCUGUGGUGGCAGUUUAAUACAAGAAGAUGUGGUUGUAACUGCAGCUCACUGCGUAUUCACCCUUGAGCCGAAACUAGUGAAGAAUCUCAUUGUGACUGUUGGAGAACAUAACCUCAGAAAGACAGAUGAGCAAGAACAGAACAUUCCUGUCUCACAAGUCAUUGUUCACCCUGACUUCAACAGACUUGGCUACAUGCAUUCUGAUAUUGCUCUGCUAUAUCUGAAAUACAGAGUAAAGUACGGACAUAGGGUUCAGCCAAUCUGCCUUCCCCACAGAGAUGAUAAAUUUGAGGCCGGGACUCUUUGUGUUGCUAGUGGCUGGGGCAGGGUGUCUGAGGCUGGUGAACUAUCUAAUGUUCUACAGGAGGUUGAGCUCCCCAUCAUUGACAGGGGAACCUGCAGUGCCCUGUUAAAGCAAAUGAAUCUGCCUCCAGUAGCAAACUCCAUGCUGUGUGCUGGCUUUCCUGAUGGUGGGAAGGAUGCUUGCAAGGGCGAUUCUGGAGGGCCUCUCGUGUGUAGAAGAGCCAGUGGCAUCUGGACUCUGGCCGGCAUCACAUCAUGGGGAGUUGGCUGUGCAAGAGGCUGGGAUGUCCUUGAGAAAAGCAUCAGUGAAAGGGGUUCCCCAGGCAUCUUUUCCAAUGUAGCUGAACUGAUGGACUUCAUCACCCAGAACAUUAUCCCUGCUGCAGAGCCAGAUCACCUUCCCCCGCACUUUCCUGAAGGAUGCAGCUCCCAUGGAAUGCUGGUCUUCGGAGAAAGCGGCCGCAUUCAGUAUCCCCAACCCAGUGAGAUUAACUACCUAGAUAACAGCCUAUGCGUGUGGAAUAUAAUUGUGCCAGAAGACAAGAUUAUAUUGAUACGGUUCACCAGAGUAGACAUAGAGAGCCAGAUCAUGUGUGACCAUGACUACGUGUCCUUCUGUUCAGACAAAAGAGAGCUAAUUGGUAAAAUCUGUGGGGAUGUGUUACCAACCCCCCUGCUGAUAGACUCUAACCGAGCAAUUGUUACACUCGUUUCUGAUGGAAGCAACACGGGCAGUGGCUUUGAAUUCACCUUCACGGCUAUACAUAAGGAAUCGGAAGCAGGUUCUGGUUGUGGAAGUGUUGCAGUGCUGGUGGAAGAAGGAAAGAUGGAUACUGCUAAUUACCCUGGCUUGUAUCCCAGUAAUGUAAAGUGCCAUUGGUUCAUUGAAGCCCCAGUAGAGAAUGUCAUAAAGCUGGAGUUUGAAGACUUUGCCGUUGAAUUCAGUGAGGGCUGUAUCUAUGAUGCAGUUGUCAUUUACAGUGACACUCACGAUGAACACCAGCUGGCCAAUCUAUGUGGGUUCUCAACCCGCAGUCCAAUUCUGAGCCCUGGCAAUGAAAUGUUGAUACAUUUUGAAAGCGAUGGGGAGAACAACUUCAGAGGGUUUAAGGCCAGAUUCACCUUUGUUCCUUCAGCAGAAGAAGCUGAAUCGGUAGUUGCAGAACCAAUUGUUCUACAGACGACCACUCCAAAGAAUAUCCCCUUAGAUGUCUGUGGCUUUCCCCCAUUUAGUCCCCAGUGGCUGUCCGGACGUGUUGUCGGGGGAGAAGAAGCAUGUCCCCAUUGCUGGCCUUGGCAGGUAGCCUUGCAAUUUUUAGGUGACCAUCAAUGUGGCGGUGUCGUCAUCAGUCCAACAUGGGUACUCACAGCAGCCCACUGUAUACAGUCAACAAACAGACCACUGCAUUGGACUGUCAUCGUGGGAGACCAUGAUAGAAUCCUGAAGGAGUCAACAGAACAGGUGAGAAGGGUGAAAACUAUUGUGGUGCACCCUGAGUUUGAUACAGUGAGCUAUGACUCUGAUAUUGCACUGAUCCAACUGGAUGCCCCUCUGGAGUAUAACACUGUUGUGAGGCCAAUAUGUUUGCCCAACAGCACACAACCGUUAUCUUCCUCUGUUCUGUGCACCAUGACUGGCUGGGGGAGCACCCAAGAAGCAGAUGGUAGCCUUGCUAGUCGACUGCAGCAGACACAAGUACCCAUACUUGAGAGUGAAAUCUGUGAGAAAAAUUACUAUUUUAAUCACCCUGGAGGGAUCACAGCUAGGAUGCUUUGUGCUGGUUUUGCUUCCUCUGGAGGGCAGGAUUCCUGCCAGGGUGAUUCUGGUGGCCCACUGGUUUGCCGUAAUGAGAGAGAGCCAUUUAUUCUUUAUGGCAUCAUCAGCUGGGGUGUUGGUUGUGCCAGGCCAAAGAAACCAGGAGUUUAUACAAGGGUGAGAGUCUUCCUGGAUUGGAUCAAAUCCACAAUAAGAGAGUUUGAACCAAAUGCCCUUCAGGUAAGCAAUAAUGGACAUGAAACCUUAACACAGACAUCAAUGAAACGGCCUACAACACCAACAGGAGCUGCAUACAGACAAGAAUGUCCAUCGGAAGUGGAGUUAACAGAGCCCAGAGGUUUCUUCUCAUCCCCUUGCUCAUCAGGCUACAUGGGGAGCUUGAAUUGCUCUUGGGUGCUCAGAAUGUCCCCCAGAGGCAUGGCAAAGCUCACAGUAAAGCAUCUAUCAAUACCAGCCUCACGGAACUGCCAAGUGGAGCUCCUAGGGAUAUAUGAAGAGAGCCAGAGAGGAAGAAAAGUAGUAGCUGAACUAUGCGGUGUCCUGCAGUCACCUAGGACCUUUCUGAGUCCUGGCCCUGUGGUGAAAGUGGUGUUCCAUUCUCUUACCCUUGCUACCUUUGGCAUUGAGUACAUGGUCUUCAGAGUCCAAGGGCCAAAGAUUGGAAAGACAGUGAAACGUCCCAAGGAUAUGAACCAAGAAUUGUCACGCUGCAGGGAUGUCAUUCUCACAGACCCAGAAGGAUUGAUCCAGUCACCAGGCUAUCCCCAUGGCUAUCCUAAUGCCACCAGCUGCCACUGGCGAAUCGUAGCCCCGUUAAAAUUCAUUAUUCGGCUUGAUUUCCUGGCCUUCUGGACUGAAAAGACUGUGUCUGAUUGCCAUGGACAACUGAUGGUGUAUGAAGGAUUUGAGCCAACAAAGGAGCUGAUAGGUAACUUCUGUGGGGAAAUUUCACUCUAUCCUUUAAAGUCUGAUGGUCCAGUGGUGACGCUGACUUUCAUAUCCAGUGCUGAAGUGGCUUCAAAAGGAUUUGUUUUGACCUACUCUUUCCAUGAUCUACAACCUGGUUCUGCAUUAGGAAAAUUGAAAGCUGCUGAAAAAGGGUGUCCAAUCUUGGAUCUAAUUCCAGUUGGAUCUGCUGAGAUAACAUCUCCUAAUUACCCCAACACUUAUCCCAACAUGCUGAACUGCACCUGGACAGUUUAUUCCACUUCAGGAAAUAGGUUGAAAGCUGUGAUCAGAGACUUGGUAACAGAGAAUGCAAGAGACUGCAUUUGGGACUCUUUGAACAUCUAUGAUGGCCCAAAUCACUCUUCAGGGCUGCUCGCUAGUUUAUGUGGCCAAAAAAAGUCUCUCAGCCUGUUAUCAAGCAGCAGCUACUUGACUCUACAUUUCAAGACGGACAGGUCUGUGGGGAACCGAGGCUUUAAAAUUCUGUUUGAAGAGGUGAAUCAGUGGCCAGCACAGAAGAGUAGGAGUGGCAUAGAACUUGAAAGCAAAUACAAAUGUGGUAUUCCAGUGGUGGAUCCAUUCCCAGUGGACAAGUCUGAGAUGAACAUGAAAGCAGUCAGAGAAGACCCAGGCAAGCCAAGGGUGGUUGGUGGCAGCCCAGCACCUCAAAUGUCCUGGCCCUGGCUGAUCAGUCUACAGUACGAGAAUGAGCACUUCUGCGGAGGCUCUCUGAUUGCUGAGAAGUGGGUCCUAACAGCUGGACACUGUAACUUCAGUGCUCAGACAGACAGGAUAGUUCUGGGAAAAACAUAUUUGUUGCCAGACAUAAAAGACAACAACCCUGUGCUUGUGAAAGCUGUGCACACACACUAUAACUUCGGUGGAUUUCCUUCCAGCAAUGAUCUCUCUCUCUUGGAACUGGAGAAACCCAUCAAACUAGGAGACGCUAUAGCAAUAAUUUGCUUACCAGACAGAGAUGAAGAAAUAAGCAUUGAUGCAAGAUGCUUAACAGCAGGAUGGGGAGCAACAGAACCGGGUAAGGAUGAAUACUCCAUCAGACUGCAGCAGACAAAUAUACCUCUCCUUUCCAAUGAGGCCUGUGUGAGCUAUUGGGGACAGGAUAUUAAAAAUACCAACAUUUGCGGUGGAGCUGCCGGAGCAACUGCUUGCUCGGGAGAUUCUGGAGGGCCACUGAUAUGCAUAAUAAAUGGGUAUUAUAAGCUGAUCGGCAUUGUGAGCUGGGGCAGUGAUAAUUGCCAUCCAAAGUCACCAACGGUUUAUACCAGAAUUUCUGCUUACAGGGACUGGAUUUCCUCAGUCACUAAUGGAAAAGUGUGAUUCCUGAACUGAACUCUUAUUUAUUCCUUUUUAAAUGGGGAGGAAUUUGUGAAAUAUGCCUGGUAAAAAUCCCCAAUAAAUACGGCAGCAUCUGUCA